UGCACAAAAACCUGAUUUAGAUUAAAUAUACUUUCAGUAUUUACCUAAAUAACUUGGGUAAAGGUCCGGGUAGAGCCAUAAUUUCUUGUUAAUCGGAACAAAUUCUUAUACGACACAAAAACAAUAAAGUGUAGUACUGAAUUACGUUGAAGCCGUUGAAGGGGCGGACAAAAACAAAUUUAAAUUUGAACCGCCCACCUUUUAUAAAUUGUUACUCUGAUUAUAAAUUAUCUAAUCUAGAAUUUAAAUAAAUAUGCAACUCGUCAACAAGGACGGUUAAAUCAAUAAACUGAUAAACAAAUGUAUUAAAAUAUUUCCAACAUCAUACAAAACGAAAACAAGAAGGAUCUGUCAUCUGUCAGCACAGAUCAGCUGAUUACUUUUUGUUACAGGUGACUGUUAAUCUAAAAGGUGGAAGCCAAUAACCGAAAUUAGAAGAUUAUGCCUCUUGCUUAGUACAAAUUCAUCAAAAACUUUUCCUAAUUAAUAACUCUCGUAUCUCUGAACCUGAAUUGAACGUGAUACUACUUAUUUAUCCAGAAAUGAAUGAUACAUGUUACAAACUUUUGUUAUCAAUAUUCAAUCUUCGAGUAAAGUUACUUUCUCUGUACUCGUCUAGCUGACUAGUCUUUGAUUUUAGUUCCAAUGUUAACUAAAAAAGAAGAAUUCAAAACAUAACCUAUUUAAAAAAUAUAGGAUUUUAUUUUAAUGUGUUCUUUUAAAUAAUCAUAAUGAAAACAUUUGAAAUUAUAGCGGGCACAUAUGAAGAAUUCUUAUUGGGUUACGACUUUUUUAACUCUGAGAGAAGGCUUGCUCAAAGCUUUGCAUCUCACGAUCACACUGCCAGUGUUCGCUGCUUAACAACAUCAAGCCAUUAUGUAGCCUCUGGUGCAGCAGAUGAUCGCAUUAUUAUCUACGAUUUUAAGUUACGAAAAGAGCAUUUCAUGCUGUCACAUCAUAAAUCUACAAUCAACUGCUUAGAAUUCACACCAAACCAUUCUCAUCUUGUUUCUGGAAGUCAAGAUGGGUUACUGUCCAUUACAAGAGUUGGUAAUUGGCAAGUAGAAAAACUUUGGGAUAAGGCCCAUAAAGGUUUCCAAAUUAUAGACUUAGCAAUACAUCCUUCAGGAAAAUUGGCUUUAACUUUAGGUGACGAUGGUGCACUCCGGACCUGGAACUUGGUUAAGGGAAGACAGGCUUAUGCAAUUAAUUUGAAAAGUAAAAGUAAAGAUGCUAAGAGCCUCUUUAAAAUUUGUUGGGCAGAUGAUGGAGUAAGAUUUUUAUUAUUUGGUGGUAAAUAUACAGAAAUAUGGAGUAUAGAAAUAGGUGGAAUACUACAAGUUAUAGAGCAUGAUGUAAAAGUAAGCAGUUGUAUUUGGUAUUCAGAUAAAAAAUUAUUGGUAGGCUAUGAGAAUGGAAAUUUGUGCACAGUUAAAUUAUCUUCACUUAAGAAACUUGUAUAUCAAGCUCAUAAGGAUAGAAUUAAGGUUCUCACCAAAUAUGAUGAAUGGAUAGUAUCAGGAUCUAGUAGCGGAGAAAUUAAAGUAUAUAAUAAAGAAUUGGAAGAAAUUUGCAAAAUAAAUUCUGGAUGCAGACUUACCUCUUUAAUCAUCAUUCCUCCUAUUGCAGUAAAGAAGGAAGAGCAAAAUGAAGAAGUAAAUAAAAGUGCCAUUUCAAUAGAAGAUGAUAGUGAAGUAGAGGAAGUACAACCUAUUAAAAAAAGGAAGAAAAAGCAGUUAAAAAUUAAUGAAAAUGUCCCAUCUAGUGAGACGCUGAUAAAAAAUAAAGCAUCAAAGAAGAAAAGGAAAAUAAAAUUAACAGAAAUCAGUUAAUUUUUAUUGUAAAAAUUUGAAAUAGUUGACUUAAGCUCAUC